AUGGAGGAGGUCGAAAGGGCGAACAUCGCCGCCGUCGAGACCUGCCACCGGGUAAUCUCCAUCCUAUCCCAACCACUCGAUCAAAACCACCUCCGAACCCUAUCCGACCAAACCGGCCAAGCCGUCCACAAGUUCAAACGAGUCGUCUCCCUCCUCGGCUCCGGCUGCGGCCACGCCCGCGUCAGAAAGAGCAGAAAAAUCCAAACCCCUUUCCCCCAAAGCAUCUUGUUAGAAAAUCCGAUCCCCAAAACAGAGGAUCACCAAAUAAUCCCCAAACCCCUCAGUCUCCUCCAUGUCAACCACGACCGGGAGCCCGCCCCGCCACCCACCGCCCAUAACAGCCUCUCUCUGAAAACCUCUUCACUCGACCUCCACCUCGCCCAGCAGAAAGCCCCUCUUUCGAGCUACCAUUUUAUGCAGAAUCAGCAGCAGAGGCUUCAGAUUCAGCAGUUGAAGCAUCAGGCAGACCUCUCAUACAGGAGAAGUAGCAGUGGGGUUAGCCUCAAUUUCGACCGGUCAACCUGCACGCCCACCAUGUCGUCUGCCAGGUCGUUUAUCUCUUCGUUGAGUAUGGAUGGAAGUGUGGCCAAUUUGGAUGGGAAUGGGUUUCGUCUAAUGGGUGGCGCGCGCUCGGCAGAUCACGGCUCGUUUCAUCACAAGAGGAGAUGCUCGAGCAGAGGCGAAGAUGGGAGUGUCAAAUGUGGUGGAAACAGUAGAUGCCAUUGUUCAAAGAAGAGAAAGCAUAGGGUGAAGAGAUCCAUCAAAGUGCCUGCCAUUAGUAAUAAGUUAGCUGAUAUACCGCCCGACGAGUACUCGUGGAGGAAAUAUGGUCAGAAACCAAUCAAAGGUUCACCUCAUCCUAGAGGAUAUUAUAAAUGCAGCAGCAUGAGAGGCUGCCCCGCGAGGAAGCAUGUCGAGAGGUGCUUAGAGGAGCCCUCGAUGCUCAUCGUCACUUAUGAAGGCGAACAUAACCAUCCGAGGUUGCCUUCACAAUUGGCCAACACAUGA